UCCUGUUUGUUUUAAUGAACGCAGGGAAGCUGAUUUCAACCCUGCUACCCCAGCUCUCUGACGCCUCUUUCAAAUGUUUCGGUGUCUGCAAACGCAACCCUGCCGCCACUCUCUUUGCACUCAGGGAGUAAUUUUACUUAAGGCAGCGGCCGCCUUCGCUCCCGUAGCACCGCUUCUGUAGGCAAAAAGAAGAGGGCAGGGUCCAGAGUAGCAGCCGUGUUAGCCUGUAUCCGCAACAAGGAAAGGAGGACUUGUGGCACCUUAGCGCCUGCAUUUGGGCAGAAGCUUUCCUGAGCUACGGCUCCCUUCUGCAGGCAAACUUCCUCACGCGCGUGCGAGCGUUUGCAGGAUCCGCCACCGCCGCGGGGGCCCUUGACAGCUUGGGCCACUGCAGAGCGGGGCGGAAGCGGCUACGCGUGUUGCCACACGGGCUCUUUUUGCUGCCGGACGGCAACAUGGCCGCUCCCAUGCCCUGAAGCAGCCUCUGCGGUCCUGGGGCUGGAUUCAUGCGUUCGCCUUGCUAGCGUCCUGCCUGCGCGGCUGGCCCCGCGCCUCUCGGCCUGCCAGGGCUUGGGGGCAGAGCCCAAGGGCGUGAAGCCUCCCCUUUGGAGCGGAUCAUGUUUUCCAAGGCCUUCAGGGUGAAAUCCAACACUGCCAUCAAAGGGUCUGAUAGGAGGAAACUGCGGACUGAUGUUGCAGCAGCUUUUCCUGCCCUCAACAGUGAACAGCUGUCAGAAGUUGUUCCAAACAGAGAGGAACUCAACGUAGUCAAACUGUAUGCUCACAAAGGGGAUGCGGUCACAGUAUAUGCCAACAACAGGAACCCAGUCCUUUUUGAAAUGGAGAAAACCCUGUUUCCAACAGUUUAUACUCUGUGGUCCUAUCCAGAUCUUCUUCCAGCAUUCUCAACAUGGCCCCCAGUGCUACAGAGACUAGCAGGAGGAGCAGAUCUAAUGCUGCCAGGAGUUAUGGUGCCAUCUUGUGGUCUUCCUCAGGUACAGCAAGGCACUCUCUGUGCCAUCACCCUGGUGGGAAACAGAGCCCCAGUAGCAGUAGGAGUUGCUACCAUGCCCACUGCAGAGAUGCUGGCUGCCGGAAUGAAAGGGAAGGGCUUUACCGUGCUGCAUGCUUACACAGACCACUUAUGGGGAUUUGGAGACAAGUCUUACCCACCCACAAUAGCUCCCUUGGUAGCAGAGCCUGCGGAGCUAGAAACCACGGAUGAUGAUGACAAAGACGAGGGACGGGAGCCUGACAGCAACCUCUCCAUUGCUCCGUCGCUACAAAUGGACAUUGGCAAUUUGAACCUGCAGGAGGGAGAUGGCUGUGCAAGGCUGAUGGAGGAGGAACCCGGUGAGACUGGAGCUGCAGAAAUGGCUGAAGAUAUCGCCGAGGUUCAGCCAGAAACAGAAGAUGGCAGAACUCCACAAGAGCGAAUGGAUGAGUUACUGCAUCAAUGUUUUUUUCAUGCCUUAAAAUGUAAAGUGAAGAAGUCAGAGCUCCCGCUACUGACCAGCACUUUCCUGCGCAACCAUAUGUUCUCAUGCUGCCCAGAAGGACAACAAUUAGACCUAAAAAAAUCAAGCUACAAGAAGCUCUCCAAGUUCCUGCAGUACAUGCAACAGCAGAAGAUUGUCCAAGUGAAGGAGCUGAACAGAGGGGUGGAGAGUAUUGUGCAUAUAGACUGGAAACACUCCGACAUUAAGUCAUUCGUUGUCCAUGAAGCAUUCUCUGCUGUGUCAACGGCCCCAGAGAGUAAAUGUGGAGACGGAGAUCAGCAGUACCAUGCUCCUGAAAUCAUACCACUCUAUGGCGUCUCAACCAAAAUGGCUCCACUUUUCCAGGAGUCAGGACACAAGAAAGGCAACAUCCUUUCUGGCAGUGAUGUGAGAAAUAUUAUCAUCAGCUAUGUAAAGACUAAUGAGUUGGUUGAUGAAACAAACAAGAACUUUGUAAAGGUGAAUCCAAUCUUGUGCGACUGCCUGUUGGAUAAAUGGGAGCAAGAUGAGAUCUCAAAGCUCAAAUGGGAUGAUCUCCUGAGCAGGUGUCUGGAACAACUGCAGCCUUACCACCAGGUGACAUUUUUUGGACAUGAACCUAUUGUGAGGAAAGGAAACCUUGAUCCCAUUGACAUAACCAUAGCACAGAGAUCAUCAAAUAAAAAGGUGACCAUUAUUAAGAAUCUUGAACUGUAUGGCCUAGAUCCGCAAUUAGUUGCCAACACUCUCCAGCAAAGAGUACAGGCCAGCGCCACUAUUAACACACUACCUGGGGCAAAGGACAGAGUUCAGGUCCAGAUCCAAGGCAAUCAAAUCAACCAUCUUGCCAAGUUGCUGCUCGUUGGACUCUUGGUUAUAUUGCAGAGGAAUACCAGCUACAUCGGAAAUACAUUCAAGGGCUGGAGAAGGCUCCAAAGCUUAGCCGGAAGAAGUAAAUAACGUCUAGUGUAAGAAGUAUUCAAAUCUCAUUAUUUAUAACCAGUUCUGCCUACAGCUGUGCGGUGAAAUCCUGGUCCCAUUUAAGUCAAUAGGAGUUUUGCUGUUGACUUUCAUGAGCCCAGGAUUUCAUCCAAAGAAUGUAAUUGCUUUAGCAGUUCAAAUUUUUUUUCAAUAAAAAUUCAAAUGUCCUCUUCCAGAUAUUUCACUAAAGCGUUCCAAUGGAUUACCAAAUUGCUAGCUUGUAAACUAAUCUUUAACAUGCUGACUUUGCAUGACUGCAUAUAUGUUACCAUGCUUUUUAUUUUAUGAAAGUAGUUUAACAACUAAACAAAGCCUAUUCCAGCACAUCAUGGCCUAGAAUUCAUACCUCUUGAAGUUUAAAAGCAAAUGUUUUCAGUUGUCUGCUUCCCUUUGAAAAUAAUCUUUCCAGGGGCUUCUAAUGCCACACACUAGUUGUGAAAAAUAAACUAGGAUUGUUUUCCCCCCUUCAUUGAGCUUUGACAGUGUAAAAACCAUAUUGGACCCUACUCCUGCAACUAAUUUGGUGUAAAUACAAAAGGGGACUGUUUAUUUUAAGGAUCUGCUCUUGCAGUGAGUUACAUACAGGCAUAACCUCCAUUGCAGGAUCAAUUGGGGUGUAGUCUUUUAUAGACAGCUGAUUAACUUCAAUAAGGGAAAAAGUGUAACAUGUUUUAUAAACACUAAUGACCUUACACUCAGAUCCCCUUCAAACACUGACCACCACGCAGGGGCACCAGACAACUUUAAAUAAAACAGACACAAUUCUUCAUCGAUUGUUUUAUUAUCUUUCUCUUACACUGUCUACAUCUGAACCAACUGUUUCAGAAAUUUUUUAAAAAUACCACAGAAUUAACAGGGAGUAGUAAAAAUAAAUUACAGCAUUGCAAAAAUGCAUUCCACUGUGCCACAGAAGCUUUACUAUUCCAUUCUAUACACAAUUUACAUGUUGUACAGCUGACAAAAAAAAUUCACAUGUACACUAGGCAACACAAUACUAACCAAAGGCACUGCCAGCAGUAUUUUGCCCAUCUGAAGGAAGGGGGCCUUUGCUAAUAUCUAAAGCUUGUGCCUUUGGCACAGGUCAUUGACUGUGCUUUUGCAUCACAGUUUCAAGGUUUCUCUUUAAAUGCCCCAUUGCCAACCAAAACAAAAACAGCCCCUCGCCCCCUUCUUGCAGGAGGUUUUCAGCAGCAUUCACUGUAAUUGCAUUAGAAGCCAUGCCUUCUACAAAACAUUAAAGACAUGCUAGGGGUCCAGAGGGUGGGAUGGUCACUGAAGAAAAAAAAAAUCAGUAAAAACACCCAUGAAACUUCUAGCCAGCAAGAUGAGAUGAAAUUUAAAAAAAUCUAGAUCUUGCUUCUCAGAACCAAUGACAUUUUAAAGUGUGCUUCUUUCUGCUCAGUCAAUAUUUGUACAUGCUUUCAAGGCCUAAAGCACUAAUUACUUAUUGACCUCACAGUGUACUUAUGAGAUCAGUAAGUACUCUCCCCAUUUUACAAAUGGGCAAACACCCACAAAGCCUGUGAUUUCCUGAUUUCUGUCUCUGCUACCUCAUGGUUGUUAAAGGUCACCUGGGUAAGGAAUACAGUACAGCUAGGUGGCUUUCCCUGCCCUGCAGCCCUAUUAUCAAACCUGUCUAUGCUACCAGCUAAGAAAAGCUACCAGCUGUGAUACAAAGUGGCAUCUCUACACAGUGGAGGGCUUGCUAAGCAGUGCAGUCACUUUCUCCCAUUUAAAACAUACUUAGAUAUAAAACUGAAAAAAAAAAACCCCAAGCAUAUGGUCACCCUGGGGGGAAAUUGACAAUUCCUUCUUCCCCUCCUCCCACCCCCUCAAAUCAGCCUCAUCCCUACAGUACUUCAGAGAACAGGCAGGGGGGAAAAGUGACCGAGGCCUUUCAGAAAAGCCCUUCCCAACUCAUGAUCCUCAUUAGCUUUACAGUAAAGAUUUCACACUUAAAAAAAA